AUGGCGUCGACUCUGGUGUCCACCCUCGUGGCCACAGUCGCGCUCGACCACAAUGGCAACGACAAGGACAAGCACAGCGAGGCUGUUGUGGGAAGGGCUACUGACAGCCAUACACAGCCUGCCAACACCAAGCGCCCCGGCCUGCCCAUCCAUUCGUUCAAUCAUCUAUCGAAGGAGACCGAGAAUGUGGACGAGAUGAUUCGGUUCUACACCAAAGUCAUGGGCUUCCGAAGAAUCAAGCGACCACCGUUCCCCUUCGCAGGCGCGUGGCUCUUCAUGCCCCCCAGCACCUCGCUCCACAUCAUCGAGAAAGAUCCCAGCGUCGACCUUCCUGAAGGCCCGUGCGCUGCCGUCAAGAAGAUGGGCAACUGGCAAGAGGUCGCCAAAAACCCUGCCUCUCUCAAGCGCGUAGGUCACCACAUGGCGUUCAGGACGGAAGACUUGGGGCUGACCAUGGAACUGCUGAAGGAGUACGGAAUCAUGUUUGCGGAGAGCGUGGUGCCUCAGACGGGCCAGCGGCAGCUGUUCUUCUUCGAUCCGGACGGCAACGGGAUCGAGAUAUGCGACUGCGACGUGGAGCCGCCGCCGUUCGAAGAGGAGGACGAUGACCACUCGGCCGAGGGGCAAAACGGAGACGGAGGACGCAGUUCCACUGAAGCCCUCCAGCUCACAACUCAACUGAACUGA